AUGAAUAGAACUCAAAGUUGCCGAAUGAUGCAAAGUAAUAAAUUAUUAGAACUAUUGAAAAAAAAGAAGAAAGCUGAAUCACAAAAUCCAAGUCUGAGUCCGAGAUAGUAAUUGUCUCCUCCAAGAUUGGUAAAACUUAAAUCUCCAAAAUAAUUGGAUGUUUAGAAAUGUAAAUAACUACCGUCUAAUCAUAAUUUAGUUGUAACAGCGGCUGUGAAACUAAAAGGAGUGUCUCAUAUGAGAACCUUAAAUAGUGAUAGAGACAAUUAUGAACUCAUAAUUACACUGAUAACAUAAGAGAAAUAGUAGAUAUUGAUGUAAUAUAGGUAUAUCGUUCCUAUUGGGCUUGACCAAACCACAUCAGACCUAUAUUAGAAAUUGAUAACGAAGAUGUGUGCACACGAUCCUUAAAAUUAUUAAAAUAUAGCUUAUUUUGAAAGCUACACCUAAAAUUACAAUGUGGAUUACUAUUUGUCCUUGGAUGAUAAACCGCUGUCGGUUUUCAGCAAUGGGAGGACUCUGAAAUUGGUUCCAAUCUAUUACAAUGAAACCCAGAAAAAUUCUUUUGAUGAUUAUAUUUUGAUUAAAUGUAUUGGUGUGGGGUAAAGAGUUAAAAUUUUUUAGAGGCUUUUCGAGAGUGUAUUUGGCAAAGAAGAAAAGGAAUGGACAGUUCUUUGCGAUGAAAAUAAUAGACAAAUAAUUUAUUACAAAGAACAACAAGGAGAGCAUGAUAAACAAUGAGAGAUUGAUAAUGAGUGGUCUGGAUAGUCAAUUUCUGACAAGAUUACAUAGUUCAUUUGAAACUAAAUACUAUUUGGUAUUUGUGAUGGAGUAUAUCAAUAAAUUUGAUGUUUUAGUUAUUGUCAUGGAGGUGAACUAUUCUUUCAUCUUAGGAAGAUGGGAACAUUGAAUGAGGAGGUUGCAAAGCAAUACUUUGGGUAAUUGUGUCUGGCAAUUCAUUAUCUCCACGAAUAAAAUGUUAUCUAUAGAGAUUUGAAGCCAGAAAAUAUUUUAUUAGACAUUGAUGGUUAUAUUAAAUUGUCUGACUUUGGUCUUUCAAAACCCAAUAUGUCCAGAGACAAAGUAACCUAUUCCUUUUGUGGAUCUCCUGAAUAUAUGUCUCCUGAGAUGGUUACCAAAAAAGGGCAUAAUCAUAUGUUGGACUGUUAUAGUUUGGGGGCAGUUUUGUACGAAUUCAUCUAUGGGUAUCCCCCAUAUUACGAUUAGCAAUUGCAAAACAUUUUGAACUCAAUUCAAUAUGAUAAAUUGGAGUUUCCUGAACAUAUAAGAAUCAGCGAUCAACUCAAGAACCUAUUGAUUAAUUUAUUGGCCAAGGACUAGAAUGAAAGAUUAGGAAGAAAGAAUGGAGUGGAGGAUAUUUUGAAUCAUCAUUGGCUUUACAAUUUUAAUUACACAGCCCUGUACAAAAAAUAAUUACACAUUCAUUAUAAGCCUUAACCUCUUUAAACGAAUUAUAAUGUGGCUGAAUUCAGUAAAGGUGAUAGAGAAUUUCAGUAAAAACUGCAAGAUAAUUUGCAUAGGGAGAGACAAACAAAGUUUGAAACAAUUUUCCCCAAUUUCGACUAUAUUUCAGAUUAACCUAAAAGCAAAAGGGAAUAGUUUGUAGAGAAGAUUAAGUAUGCUAGUUUAAGAUCUUCUCUACAAACAAAUAUUAUAAAAAAUAAGAUAAAAACUCUUUCUUUGAAUGGUAUAAAUUUGAUUAACUGUAAAAUUUAGCACCGCAAUUAAGUGCAAUAUGUCCCAGAUUUUAGUCAGUAAAGAAUUCAUAGGUAGCAUAAUCUUCUUCCACUUAAUCUUUCCGCAAUUCUUCAUCCAGUAAGAGAUUCAACACUGAAUAUGACCUUCAGAAAUUACUUAAAUUUAAAUAAUGA